AUGGGUAAUUGGUGCAUCCACCACCUGCUGCCCAACAGUUUCACGCACCGCAUCCUCAAUCCUAUCGGCUUCAGCCGCAGCAGCGUGUCCAUCGGGAUGGUGCACCUUCAAAAGUCUCCCGUCGUUAGCCACCGCACAGUCGCAGCCCAGGCACACACAAACAGCACGUGGCGCAGCGUCAUCACUGCAGUAGUCACGGUGGUAGUGGUAGUUGUUGCCUUGAGCUGCGCAGGAGAGGAGGGAAGCAAAGGGGCACACACUCACACACACACAGCAGCCCAACAGACACACACACACAAGGGAGCAAUCACGCACACACAGAUCACCCUAUUUGCACCACUCCCCGAAAAAGAACAAAACAAACGCCACCACGACAGGCCGACACACGGGUGUGCGGGCACCGGCAGUCCGGGCCUGCAGCAGGAGGGUCCAAGGAGCACCUCCCUCCACAAGCACACAAGGGAGGUCUCUGAAAGCAAUGAACAGUUAAAAAGAUAUACCCCCACAGCGAGGAACGCUGCGGCACACCCCAACAAAAGAAAAAAAAAGAGAACAGUUACGGGAUAG